AUGUUCUCGUGGAUCUCGUCGACCCUCAUCUCGCUGGUCUUGCUCCGGAAACAAAGCCCUUGGCACGACAUUGGCGAGAACAUCUCCGAGGACGUCAAGAUGCACAUCACUCUGAUCCCGUCUUCAUUGUCGCACGCACCAUACCAUAUCGUAUCGUACCGUAUCGUCAUCACCAGGCGACACGGCAGUCCCAGCAGGUCGGCGCUGGUGGCAAGCGGUUUUGUUUUUCGGGCAGUAGAUGCCGCUUCCUUCUUCGAGUCACAAGGCGAAACGACGAUGUGGGUGACCGGUCUGGGGUUUCUUGCUUCAUUUCCUCAUCACGUUCCCAAGGGACUGGUCCUGCCCAUCACGGGCUCCCAUGCGCUGCUCAUUGCGUUGGCCCCCAAAGGGUUGACGAAGACAGGGAAACAAGGCGAGUAG